AUGAGUCUGUUGGCCGGUGGCAAGAACCUCACCCUCACCACUGUGCUGCGGACAGACUCCGGCACUUACCAGUGUGAAGCCCGCAACGGGAGUCAGUCCCAGCUGAGCAACCAGCAGAACAUCACGGUCAACUAUGGCCCUGAUCCUUUUACAAUCAAGCUGGACAUUAAGAAAGCCAACCGGAAGGUGGAGGAAGUGCUCAGGGGCUCCGAUGUGACCUUCUCCGUGAACAUAGAGUCCUACCCGGCCCCGAAUUACACUUGGACUGUCCCCUAUAACAUCGGGCAGCCAAUUACCACCAGCACAUUCUCCAUCUCCCGUAUAGCCAGGGAACACAGUGGCACCUACACAUGUGUGGUCAGCAACCCUGCCACUCAGAUGACCCAGACAGACACCGUGGAAAUCCAGGUGUUGGAGCACCUGACCCCACCAUCCAUCGAGGUGUCCAGCGACUUCCUGGUGGAGAGUGAGACUGGCCCACCCGUGACGCUGACCUGCAGGACGAACUACAUGGACCUGAGUGUCCGCUGGCUCCUGGAGGGCCAACCCCUGCAGCCCAGCGAGCGCCUGGUACUUUCCGCUGACAAACGCACCUUGUCCAUCUAUCGGCUCCAGCGCUCGGACACGGGGCCCUACCAGUGCCUGGUGUGGGACAAUUUCGGAGAGGCCCAAAGCAACUCCGUCCACCUGGAUAUCUACUAUGGCCCCGACCAGGCAAACAUCAGCAGCAGCACACAGGACAUGCCCGGACCCGUCCUCGAGGCCGCCCUGGGCUCCAACCUGACCCUGUACUGCCAGGCGGAUGCCCACCCCAGCCCUCAGUACCACUGGACCUCCAGGAACCGGACAUUCGCCACCAACCAGCUCGUCUUUGAGGCCCUGACCUGGGAGGAUGCGGGAGAGUACACCUGCAUGGCCACGAACCCUCAGACCGGCAAGAGCAACUCCACCUCAGUGGUGCUCAGAUUGUGGAGUAGCUCCCAGGACCUAUCUGCAGGAGCCAUCGUUGGCAUCGUCGUGGGGGUCUUGGUUGGCAUUUUCACCAUCCUGUUUAUGUUGAACUUCUUCGGCUUCGUAGGGUAA